AUGCAGUCCUCGGCGCUGGCGCACACCGUCGCCCUGCACCGCGUCUGGCUUCCCCCCUCCGGCGGCCGCGAUGGCGAGGCGGGGGGCAAAUCACCACCGCCGCCGCCUGGCGAGCUGGAGCCGAUCGUCGUUCUCACGGCCGGCCGCAGCGAGGCGGGGGGGCGGGGCAUCGUUGCGCAAUCCGCCUCCUUGCGUGCGCUGCUGGGACGCUUCUGUGGGCCUCUGCUGCUGCGGCAGGCGAGUUUGGCGUCGCGGCGGCGGGAGACGGGCAGGCUUGACUUGCACUGGGCGGCGGGCGCCACCUCGCCCGUUGCGGAGGAGGGGCUUUUCGUGCAGGUGCCGUCGUGCCAAUUCACUGCCGCAUGCGUGCGCGCCGCCGCCAGUGGGGCGGCGAUGGAUGUGGUGCACUACAACAGCCUCGGGAGUCGCUGGGGCCAGGACGGCGACGAGGCUGCGGGCGCCGCCUGCGAUGUGACCGACGACGCCGUGGAUGAGGGCUACAUCUACGGCUUUGCACAGUUUCUCGACGUGGGGCACGCGACGGAGGGACUGCUGCUUUCCGCCUUUUCCGCCGCCCCCUUGUUUGGCAUGCUGCGCACGGUGGUGCUGGAGACGCUGCCGCACCUUUUCCGCGCCGCGAGGGACGUCCACGCCGACCGUCGCACGGUGUGGCCGGCGGAGGAGCAGCGGACCGUUUCCGCCGUCUACGCGGGCGUCAUGGCGCCGCUGGCGGUGCUCGUAGAGCCGCGAAGCGCGGCCUGUAGCACUCCCGCGAACGGCCACUUUUGUCUGUCGUUCCCGCAGGCAAGGAUUUCCGUCCUCCGCCCGGCCGACUUGCGAUACCCGUUCGUCAACGUCCCGCUGCCUGUCCUAUUUCUAAGCUUUUCCUACGACGCCCUGCGUGUGAUUCACACGCUCCUGCUGCAGGAGCGGCGGGUGGUGUUUAUCGGGGCAACGCCGCAGCACGCCUCUGCAUGCGUGGUGGGCGCUCAGGCGAUGCUGUCGCCGUUCCUCUGGACGCUGCCGAUCGUCCCGUAUUUGCCGCCCGAGGCGUGUGAGGUGCUUGAGGCGCUCGGCGGCGCCGGGUUCCUGCUGGGCUCGACGGCGGACAUGGUGCCGCAGCUGAUGCUGCGCGGCAGCCUCGCCGACGCCCAGCGGCGGCCCGGCGCGGGUGGGAGGGCCGCGGCUACGGCGGUGGAGGAGGACGAGGGACGCGUCUGGUUUGCGGACGGCCGCACCGGCGUGGUCGGCGUCUCCCCCCUCGACACCGACGUCGUCCCCUUCACCAUGCUUGACCUGGUGCCGCCCAGCGAGAAGGUGCGGGAGGCGGUGAAGCGGGUCGUCGGCAAGGAGACGCGGCACUUGUUUCGCGUGGCCCUCGCGUCCAUGGCGACGCAGGAGCGGGGAGGCGCCCCGCCGUGGUCCGCCGCGCUGUCCUCCCCAUGCACGACGGCGGCGGCUGAGCUGGAGGAGGUGCAUGGGGCGUUCCUCGAGUACAGCGUGGCGCGGCUGGUGGGCAACUACCGCAAGGGGCUAACGCCUGUGGGCGGCGGCGUUGCGGGCGCCGGGGUGGGCGCGGCACGCGGCUCCCGCCUGCAGGGCGGCGUCGCGUUUGUGCUCGACUACGCACGCUUCCUGCCGUGCAACCUCGCGAACAACGCGGCGCUCGCGCGGCGCAUCGCCGGCACGCGGAUGUUUCAUCACUGGGAAGACGCGGUGCUGUCCCUUGAGACGGUUGGCGUCUUGCGCUCCCUCCUCGGGGAGUUUGUGCGCUGCCGGGCGCGGUCGCGCCAAGGCGGCACAGCCACCGCGUCAUCGUCGUCGCUGCGCGGCAGAGAGACGCCCGCCACCCACCACUAUGUCUCCAACCCGCGCAUGAUUGGGGUGCUGCGCCUCUUCUACGCCCGCUGCGUGCGGCGGUUCCCGGGCCUCUACGGCGACUUGCAGGGCGGCGGCCCCAGCCCCGCCACAGUGACGGGUGACAGUAGUAGUACUAGUGGCGGCUGCACCAACGCCGCCGCCGCCACCACCACCAGCAGCAGCACCACGGGCGGCGGCAAGACGUCGAUGCGCGCGUUCUUCUCCAAGGCGACGAGGGCGGUGAAGAAGAGCCUUGCCCCGCCCUGCAGUCGACUUCCCGUGCAGGUGUUUGUGCAGGCGUACGGCAGCUUUGCCAACAAGACGAGCUACGCGAAGGACCCCAACAAGCUUGCCCUGCUGAACAAGGAGUUCAGGGACAACGCGAGCGCCGCCGCCAGCUUCGCCGCAACGCGCUCCCCAGCCGGCGUCGUCGUCGGCGCCAACCCCGCGGCGCUGCCGCCAUCGCCGUGUUCGGCCGCCGCCGAUGACGCCGAGGACGACCUUUACGGCACCGCUUCAGACGUGUUUGGCGCCUACAUUGAGGACAGGGACGCGCUGCGCCGCCUCGCAACGAGUGAAGGGGCGACGGCCCCCGCCGUUCACUGUCGGCGACUGCCGCUCGACGUCAUCCAUCAAUUUGCCCGCUACCACGCACUUCUGGACCCCAGAAAGGACUCCAUGUGUACAACAGGCCGGCGUGCGGGCACGACGGCGGGAGCGUCGGCGGAGGAGCUGAAGCGGUUCCUGGAGUUUGCACCGCUCUUCGCGGCCGAGUUGAGCAUCUGGCCCGUCCUUGAAUCCAAGCGAUUGGCGCUGCUCAGCAUGCCAGCGCCCCCGCCCGCACCGCCGCCGCCGUCGGAGGCACGGCAACAACAGCAACAGCAACAGCAGCACAUUCUUCCCACCGCAAGCGCUGCCGAGGCCAGCUGGGGGGAUGUUCCGUUCCAGGCCCAGCCUCUCCCCUUUUCUAUGGACCUUGUCGUGCGUCCAGUGGAGCUCCCGCCGCUCGUGGACGCCUUUGCGUUUCCUCACGGGCCAUACGGCGGCGCGGCCGCAAUGUGUAACGCGCCUGAGGCGCAGGGCCCCCAGGCAUCUGCAGCCGCUGCCGCCGCCGCUGCCGCUGGCGGUAAUAUUAUGGAUGAGCUUUUUGCUUUUGCUGCGCCGCCCCCCCAGUCCUCCCCCGGCUCUACGAACGUCCCCACGCAGCUGGAGGACUUCUUUCGGUAA